UUCGUGACAGAUUGAAGAAAAAAUAAACAUGUUACAAUGCAACUUACACUAAGCUAUACACCCCCUGUCUUGUAACAAUGUGAAUAUUUUGAAGAGGGAGGGGAGAGAGGAGUGCGAGUGCGGGAGAGAAAGAGAGAGAGAGAGUGCGAGAGAAAGGAGGAGAAGGAGGGGGGCGUUCUGAAAUAAUAUAGUCAGCCAUUUUUUAUGUAAGGGGAUUUUUCUUAUUGGGGGGGUUGUUAAAAAAUAAAUAUAAGGGCGGCCAUCUUUGUUUCUCUGCCUUGUAGUGUAAAAUAUUCCAAAACGCCCCCCACUUUUUUGUGUGUCGAUUUGAAUAUUAAAUAAAUAUCAUUAUUCGGGAGGAACACUCUUUUUGAUUUCGAGGACGGGGUCGGUGACAGGAAUAUAAUGUCCUCUCCUCUACGGUCCUGUGAGGAAGAUGAGGGCAUGUUGGCUAAUUCCGAGGGAGGAGAUUUUGAUGAAGAAGAAGAGGACGACGGAGACCUAGACGAGAACGCAAGCGACAUACACUCGCCGGCGGCGCCUAGAGAAACUGCAACACUAGCCGCGCCAGAUGACUGUGAGGAUGGUGGGGACACGUCAGACAGAGAGAGCGUGGGGAAGAAGAAGCGAGCCCCCAAGAACAAGAAGAAGACGACCAAGAAGAAAGACAAGGAGAAAGACGGCAAAGCGGCCAAAGUCCGCAAGCGCAAAAAAAUUGAAAGCGACGUAGACUCAGAGAGAGAAAGAGCGAGGGACUCUGACACAAGGGACUUUGGUGAGAACUCUGACAGUGCAGCCAGUGACCUUGGAGGAGAGAAGAAGAAAAAGAAGAAACACAAAGAGAAGAAGGAGAAAAAGACUAAAAAGAAAAAGAAAGAGGAUGGCGACAGUGGCCAGGAGGAAACGGUUAAGAAACCUGUGGAGCAGAAGACCUCUGCGGAGCUGGCCAAAGACUGGGGCUUGGAAGAUGUGGAUCACACCUUCACUGAGGAGGACUACCGCACCCUCACCAACUACAAGGCCUUCAGCCAGUUCAUGAGGCCGAUGAUAGCCAAGAAGAACCCCAAGAUCCCCAUGUCCAAGAUGAUGACCAUCCUGGGGGCCAAGUGGCGGGAGUUCAGCCAAAACAACCCCUUCAAGGGCUCGGCGGCCGCCGUGGCAGCAGCUGCAGCAGCAGCGGCAGCAGCCGUAGCCGAGCAGGUCUCCGCCGCCGCCAGCGUCCCCUCCCCCGAGCCCCCGCCUCCCCAGCCGCCGCCGCUGCGCAAGGCCAAAACCAAAGAGGGCAAAGGCCCGGGCUACAAGAAGCGGAGCAAGAGCCCUCGUGUCCCCGACAAGAAGGCCAAGGCUGCGGCUGCCGCCGCCGCUGCUGCUGCCACUGCCGCCGCUGCCGCUGCCGCUGCCGCUGCCGCUGCCGCCGCUGCCAAGGCCAAGAAGAUGGCUCCCCUGCGCAUCAAGCUGGGGGCCCUGGGGCCCAAGAGGAAGAAGAGCAGCUCAAGUGAGGAGGUGGAUGAGGAGGACUCGGAGCAGGAGAACUCCAGCGUCCACAGCUCCUCCGUACGCUCCGACAGCUCCGGCCGCGCCAAGAAGAACAAGAGAGGACGACCCAAGAAGAAGAAGAAAAGUAACAUGGUGGGCGAUGAGGAUGGCGAGGGCUACGAGACGGACCACCAGGACUACUGUGAGGUGUGCCAGCAGGGCGGGGAGAUCAUCCUGUGCGACACCUGCCCCCGUGCCUACCACCUGGUCUGCCUGGAGCCCGAGCUGGAGAAGGCCCCCGCCGGCAACUGGAGCUGCCCCCACUGCGAGAAGGAGGGCAUCCAGUGGGAGGCAAAGGACGAGGACUUUGAGGAGUUUGAGGAGGAGGCCGACGAGUCUUUGGCGGCAGACUCGGUAGCAGCGGCGGCAGCGGCAGCAGCAGCAGCAGCCGGGGAGGAGGAGGAGGACGAUGACCACAUGGAGUUCUGCCGCGUCUGUAAAGACGGAGGAGAGCUGCUCUGCUGCGACUCCUGCCCCUCCUCCUACCACAUCCACUGCCUCAACCCGCCCCUGCCCGAGAUACCCAACGGGGAGUGGUUGUGCCCGCGUUGCACGUGUCCACCCAUCAAAGGGCGUGUCCAGAAGAUCCUCCACUGGCGGUGGGGUGAGCCUCCUCCUCCGGUGCCCGUUCCACCUGAUCCAGACGCACCCCCAGACGCACCCCCUCCUCCCCCCAUGAAGGGCCGGGCGGAGAGGGAGUUCUUUGUCAAGCUGGCGGGGCAGUCCUACUGGCACUGUACCUGGAUCACAGAGCUGCAGCUGGAGAUUUUCCACUCGGUGAUGUUCCGCAACUACCAGCGCAAGACAGACAUGGACGAGCCGCCCAGCCUGGACUACGGCUCGGGCAACGAGGAGGAGGCGGCCAAGCACGAGAAGCGGCGCGCCAAGGACCCGCAGUUCGCCGAGCUGGACGAGAAGUACUUCAAGUACGGCAUCAAGCCUGAAUGGAUGAUGAUCCAUCGUAUAAUCAACCACAGUGUGGAUAAGAAGGGGGGAUACCACUACUUGGUCAAGUGGAGAGACCUGACCUAUGACCAGUGCACAUGGGAGAGAGAUGAUCUGGAUAUUCCAGACUUCAGUGUGCACAAGUCAGCCUAUUGGAAACACAGGGAUGAGAUCCUGAAGGAGGACACUGACAAGCCAAGGAAGAGGCGGAGAGAAGAGGACAGUGAGGAGAAUGACGACGAAGUGCCCCGGACGCCCGUCACUGACCCCACCAUUAAGUAUGAGGAGCAGCCGGACUUUGUGACGGUGACGGGCGGCACGCUGCACCUGUACCAGCUGGAGGGCCUGAACUGGCUGCGCUUCUCCUGGGCACAAGGCACCGACACCAUCCUGGCCGACGAGAUGGGCCUGGGCAAGACCAUCCAGACCAUCGUCUUCCUCUACUCGCUAUUCAAAGAGGGCCACACUAAGGGACCAUUCCUGGUGAGUGCCCCUCUGUCCACCAUCAUUAAUUGGGAGCGGGAGUUUGAGAUGUGGGCGCCAGACUUCUACGUGGUGACCUACACGGGGGACAAGGACAGCAGGGCCAUCAUCCGGGAGAACGAGUUCACCUUCGACGACACGGCUGUCAAGGGAGGGAAGAAAGCCUUCAAAAUACGGCGAGAGGCACCCAUCAAGUUCCACGUGCUCCUGACCUCCUAUGAACUGGUGACCAUCGACCAGACUGCACUCAAGUCCAUCGACUGGGCCUGUCUAGUGGUGGACGAGGCCCAUCGCCUCAAGAACAACCAGUCCAAGUUUUUCAGGAGGCUGAACGAUUACAAAAUCGACCACAAGCUGCUGCUGACGGGCACGCCACUGCAGAACAAUCUAGAAGAGCUGUUCCAUCUGCUCAACUUCCUCACGCCCAACCGCUUCAAUAACCUGGAGGGCUUCCUGGAGGAGUUUGCGGACAUCUCCAAGGAGGACCAGAUCAAGAAGCUGCACGACCUGCUGGGGCCCCACAUGCUCAGAAGGCUCAAGGCCGACGUCUUCAAGAACAUGCCCGCCAAGACGGAGCUCAUCGUCCGCGUGGAGCUCAGCCCCAUGCAGAAAAAAUACUACAAGUUCAUCUUGACGCGGAAUUUCGAGGCCCUGAACUCCAAGGGGGGCGGCAACCAGGUGUCCCUGCUCAACAUCAUGAUGGACCUGAAGAAAUGCUGCAACCAUCCCUACCUCUUCCCUGCUGCCUCCAUGGAAGCUCCUAAGACCCCCAGUGGGGCGUAUGAAGGUGUGGCCCUGACCAAGUCGUCGGGGAAACUGACGCUGCUGCAGAAGAUGCUGAGGAAGCUGAAGGAGCAGGGCCACCGAGUGCUGCUCUUCUCACAGAUGACAAAGAUGCUGGACCUGCUGGAGGACUUCCUGGACUUCGAGGGCUACAAGUAUGAGAGGAUAGACGGGGCCAUCACCGGAGCACUCCGACAGGAGGCCAUCGACAGGUUCAACGCUCCGGGUGCCUGUCAGUUCUGUUUCCUGCUCUCCACACGGGCGGGAGGUCUGGGCAUCAACUUGGCCACCGCAGACACCGUCGUCAUCUUCGACUCAGACUGGAAUCCCCACAACGACAUUCAGGCGUUCAGCCGAGCGCACCGCAUCGGGCAGGCCAACAAGGUGAUGAUCUACCGCUUUGUGACGCGGGCCUCGGUGGAGGAGCGCAUCACGCAGGUGGCCAAGCGCAAGAUGAUGCUGACCCACCUGGUGGUGCGGCCAGGCCUGGGCUCCAAGGCAGGCUCCAUGACCAAGCAGGAGCUCGAUGACAUCCUCAAGUUUGGUACCGAGGAGCUCUUCAAGGACGAACUCGAGGCUAUGAGAGGACAAAGAAGCACAUAUCACGCUGGGGGGGACAAGGACAGGGACGAGGACGUCAGCGUGAUCCACUAUGACAGCGUGGCCAUCGAGAGGCUGCUGGACCGCAGUCAGGACGCCACCGACGACACGGACAUGCAGAACAUGAACGAGUACCUGAGCUCCUUCAAGGUGGCCCAGUACAUGGUGCGGGAGGAGGACAAGAUUGAGGAGAUAGAGCGUGAGAUCAUCAAGCAGGAGGAGAACGUGGACCCGGACUACUGGGAGAAGCUGCUGAGGCACCACUACGAGCAGCAGCAGGAGGACCUGGCCAGGAACCUGGGCAAGGGCAAGAGGGUCCGCAAGCAGGUCAACUACAACGACGCAGCGCAGGAGGACCAAGAGUGGCAUGCUGAUAUUUCAGAUAACCAGUCAGAGUACUCAGUGGGCUCGGAGGAAGAGGACGAGGACUUUGACGAGAGGCCAGAAGGACGUAGACAGUCUCGGCGGCAGCUCCGAAAUGAGAAGGAUAAACCACUGCCCCCUCUCUUGGCCAGGGUGGGGGGUAACCUUGAGGUGUUGGGCUUCAACACGCGUCAGAGGAAGGCCUUCCUGAACGCGGUGAUGAGGUGGGGGAUGCCGUCUCAGGACGCCUUCUCAUCACAGUGGCUCGUCAGGGACCUCCGCGGCAAAUCAGAGAAGGAGUUCAAGGCCUAUGUGUCCCUCUUCAUGCGUCACCUGUGUGAGCCGGUGCACGACGGCUCGGAGACGUUUGCAGACGGCGUGCCACGGGAGGGGCUGUGUCGGCAGCCGGUGCUCACCAGGAUCGGGGUCAUGUCACUGGUCAAGAAGAAGGUACAGGAGUUUGAGCACAUCAAUGGCAAGUGCAGCAUGCCGGAGCUGAAGCCUGAGCUGCUUCUCAGCAGCGACUCCAAGAAGUCCUCACGCGCCUCCUCACCAGCCAUCAACACCUCCACCCCCACACCUGAGCCCAGCACCAAUACCACGCCAUGCACCUCCAAACCAGCCACUCCUGCUCCAAUAGACAAGCCUGAGAAGAACGGCAAGGAGGGAGAGAAAGAAGGAGAGGCGGAUGGCCAGCCGGACUCGGAGAAGGAGAAAGAGAAGGAUAAGGAUAAGGACAAGGAGAAAGAGAAAGACAAAGAGAAGAGCAAAGACACUGAGGCCGAGAACAGCACUGACAAGACUGACAAUGCAGAGCCCAGCAACGCCACUAAGGAGGGGACGCAGGAAACGCCCGCUAAGGCCGCCGUCGCCACGGCCACCACGGCCACCGACAAGCCCAGCAGCUCGACGGAGGAGGAGGCCAGCAGCCUGACCACCUCCACCUCGGCCGCGGCCACCGCGCCUACCACAGCAGACGAAGCCAAACCGGCAGAGACGUCAGCAGAAGCAAAGUCUUCACCUCCUCCACCACCUCCCCCUCCACCUCCACCUCCUCCACCCCUGCCUGGGGACAAGAAGGAAAAAGGAGGAGGAGGAGGAGGAGAGGAAAAGAAGGACAAGAAGGAGGAAGAGGAGGAGGAUGGAGAGAAGAAGGAGAAGGAGAAGAAGGGAGGGGAGCUGGAGGCGUCUUCUGAGAAGAGCAAACAGGAGGGGGGUGCAGGCUCCGGUGGGGACGGUGACUCGCCGGAUGUCAAAGACGAGAAGCCAGAGGACGGUGAGCGGACAGAGAAGGCGAAGGCCGAGGGAGAGGAGAAGGAGAAGGAGAAGAGCGAAGACACCUCUUCUGUCGCUGCUGACAACAAGGCCAGUGACAACAACAACGACAAGAAGGACAGCUCGUCCCCAGCGGCCUCGGAGGUCAAGAAAGAGGAGGCCAAGGGUGAGAAGGACGGUUCAAAAGAGGUCAAGGGGGUGAAGGAGGACACGACGGCAGCAGCAGCAGUCACAGCAGCGGUCACGGCCACAGCCACAGCAACAGUAACCCGGGGCAACGGGAAGGUGGAGCGACCACGCUUUAUGUUCAACAUCGCGGAUGGAGGCUUCACAGAGCUGCACACUCUCUGGCAGAACGAGGAGCGGGCGGCCAUCCAGUCAGGCAAGAUGAACGAGAUCUGGCACCGGCGCCACGACUUCUGGCUGCUGGCAGGCAUCGUGCUCCAUGGUUACGCGCGGUGGCAGGACAUCCAGAGUGACCCGCAUUUUGCCAUCGUCAACGAGCCCUUCAAGACGCAGGCCAAUAAGGGCAACUUCCUGGAGAUGAAGAAUAAGUUCCUGGCGCGGCGGUUUAAGCUGCUGGAGCAGGCGCUGGUGAUCGAGGAGCAGCUGCGCCGGGCGGCCUACCUGAACAUGACGCAGGAGCCCACGCACCCGGCCAUGGCCCUGAACGCCCGCUUCGCAGAGGUGGAGUGCCUGGCCGAGUCCCACCAGCACCUUUCCAAGGAGUCGCUCGCCGGAAACAAGCCCGCCAACGCCGUCCUGCACAAGGUGUUGAACCAGUUGGAGGAGCUGCUGAGUGACAUGAAGGCGGACGUGACGCGGCUGCCGGCCACACUGUCCCGCGUGCCGCCCAUCACCGCUCGCCUCCAGAUGUCCGAGAGGAGCAUCCUCAGCCGCCUGGCUAACAAGGGCACCGAGACACACACGCCGCCGCCGAUCCCGCCGGGCCCCUACGCCACCCCUCAUAACUACGGGGCCCCCUUCACCCCCGCGCCACCAGGGGGCAUGCCUCUGGGGCCCGCCAGCUACAGCCAGAUGCCCCCCGGCUCCUUCAUAUCAGUGCUUAACGGGCCUCCCAUGUCGGUGAAGAAGGAGCAGCGUGAGGCGGAGCUGAUGAUGUCCCAGCGGGGGAGGGGAGACCUGCGGCCCACUGGAGAGGUCAUCUGCAUCGACGACUAGAACCCACCUAACACCCCCAACACCACAAGACCCUCACGUACACCUCAGACACACACACACAUACACACACACACACACACACACACACACACACACACACACACACACACACACACACACACACACACACUUCUCUCAAGGCCCUCACAUACACCUCAGAGACCCCCAACAUUACUCUCUCACACACACACACAAACACACACACACAUACACACACACUCUCAAGACCCUCAGUCUCUCUCUCUCUCUCUCUCUCUCUCUCUCUCUCUCUCUCUCUCUCUCUCUCUCUCUCUCUCUCUCUCUCUCUCUCUCUCUCUCUCUCUCUCUCUCUCUCUCUCUCUCUCUCUCUCUCACUCACUCUCUCACACACACACACACACACACAGACGCGUGACGCGCAGACACACAUAUACACACACACUUACAUACAUCCCGCACGCAUAUACUGUACGCAGUCACACACACCCAUACUGUACACAUUGUCCAUACAGUACACACACACACACACACACACACACAGCUGGGUCGUGCUCUGUUUCCAUGAAGAUUCAUUACCCCUUGAAUGUUUUUGCAUAGAUUAUAGGGACAUGCACACAGUCACAUGUAAAAAAAAACCCAUUUAACACUUGCACACACGCCCACACAUAAACACACACACACACACACACAUGCAUACACUUGCACACAGACUCAUGUAUAUUCAUGACUAAGUCCAAAAGCAUCUGCUUCUACAAUCUCCUCAGACUCGCCAUCAUGUUGCACAAACUAGCUUACAAAUGCAAACACACACACACACACACACACACACUCCAAUUGCACACAUAUUUGUGGUCCACACAGUAUCGCAAUCUGUUCUCCUCUUCCCUUCCCUCCUCUCCUCUCCUCUCCGUCUCUUAUUUGUUUCACUCUAUCUGCCUCGAAGCAACUGAUCUCUCCAUCCCAGAAACCAGUUGGCGUACACACAUGCACAUACACACAUAAACAAACACACGUGUGCACACACGCUCGCAAACACUUCCGCUACCCUCCCAGCCCGCCAACAAGAUGCUAACAAAAACAUAACCCUCAUGUCGCUAUCUUGCCAGUGACCGUAACACGAAACUGCAUGACUGUAUGUGAAAAAAAAGAAAAAAUUAGGAAAAAAAACACAUUUUUGCCUCCAUUGACCGCCAUUAGUGUUUCCCUACAGGCAUGCUUCACUGACUUAGAGAAACUUCUUUCUUCGCUCGCCUUUCACCCUCACCGCCCUCACACAUCAGGACAAGGACCGCUCACAUAGUCACACAGCUCCCUCUCUUAUGCUCUAAGACAAAUAAAAACCUACAUGAAAAAUAACAAAUAGCAAAUGUCUAAAUGAAUAUAAAAAAUAACAGUUAGCAUUGAUCGUCAAGCUAAUGCAUCAAAGCUGAAUUUCAGUGUAAAGAGGAGAAUAUGGUAUGUGUCCGUGUCACCAUGGCUCUCUCUUUCACUCUCACUGUCUAUUAAAACAAAUACGUAGUAAAACUUAGCUGUCAAUCAGCUAUUAUCUUUAAACCAAGGCUUUAUAGGUGACACUCUUGCAGAGAGAAGCAUGGAUGUCUCUUCCACCAUGCUAUUCACUCCUAAAAAAAAUCUAAACUUUAAUCUAAUAAUGACUGUCUUCAACAUCAAACCAAUGUAGGCUACAGCUGAGACUCAGACACGGGAUAGAUGUGUGCCUUAUAACACACUCAAAGAGCCAAACAGAAAAGCUAUGUCAUGGGCGCCCUUCUUUUGCAGUUAACUAGGAAUGGCUUGUACGAUAUAGCAUAGGGUGAGUUGGCAUCUUAUACAAAUUAGUGGUCGAUAGGGACAUUACUACCAUGUCUCAGUCCAAUAUGUACUUGUAUUGAAAGUGCAUCAUAUCGCUAUGUCAUGGAUCCGAUUUCUUGUAGCUGGAAUGUAAAAAACGAGUCCUUAUAUGGGCAAGAUUGUGCUACACGUAUCCCAUAAGGUCCGUAUUGUCCCCCUCUACACUAAACAGUCUAAGGCCGCCUGAAGUAGGCCUAUUCUGUGUCAGAUUGAAGUGUGGAAGUUCAGCAGUUUGCAGGGGAGGCACACACAGUCGUGACACGGCUCCGGGGUAAAUGUAGUCUGUUUGGGAAUGGAUAAAGAAAACGAGUUUUGUACAGUAAUUAAAAGACCUCAUCAGUGUACACUUUAAUGGCAGAACAAGGUGGCCCUCUCCCACAGAAUGUUUUGUUUUCGUAUGAGAGCGGCGAGGUAGUGCAGAGCUGUCCUUUUUACUUGCCUGCCCACCCACCAUGUCUCUUCUCUUUCAAACCUAAUAUUCACCCCGCACCACAACCUCAUCUUGACCUCUCUCCUCUAGACACACACUCACACACAGACACACAGACACACACACACACACACACACAAACACACACACACAGCAUCCCUCGCUACCCCAUGCCUCCUCCUCCUCUUCCCCCGACGCUCUCCUGCUUUCUUGUUUAUUUUCCAUGGUUUCUACUGCUCCUUUUUACAAGACUCUGUGAUUAUUGUUUUGCAUAAUAUUUAAACUCGGUUCCGAAUGUGUUCUUGUGUGUUUAUUUCUUAUUACCAGUACGGUUAUUACUAUUAUCAUGGUCGCCGUUGCUGUCCUCGACAUUGUCAUUGCUAUUUCAAACUAUAAAGCUUCUACCAAAAUUAAAAAAGAAGAUAAAUAAAUCCAGAUAAAACAAAAAAAACAAAAUGUUAACAAUUUUAGACGUUACUGUUGCUAGUUCCAACAUUGUUUCUCUCUACUCCGAACAUCAUAUAACCGCCACUGGACGAGGAGGUUGAACGAACUUCGGAAAAAUAUUAGUAAACAUAAAAAAAAUUAAAAAGCCUUUUUGUUCUUGCUUGAACUCUCUACAGUACAGAGGGUGGCCCUCACUAAAUAACCCAGGCUGGAGACGUGUCGAGAGUGUAACACAGUAGUGCUAUUCUCCAAAAUACAGCAAGCUUACAUAAAAAGAAAACGAUAGUCUCGAGAAAAAGUCUCCGAGGCGAAAAGUAUUUUUUGAAGUCUUUUGUUUCUCUCCUCAAUCGGUUUCACUCCAAAUGUCCUGCACAUGCACACGCUGACAUGCUGUACGCGCCUUAAUUAAUGCAGAGUUCAGUAAGUGCAAAGAGCUCAUGUGUAAACUAGAGAGUCGUCUAAACUCUUUAUAUGCUUUGCUGUGUACGUUUAGCUAGGCCUCAACUUGUACUGACUUCAGAUCAUUAGAAUAGUAGAAAGAGUUAAUUUAUUUUCUCCCUACCAAAAGCAAACCCCCUCCCUCCCUCU